AUGAUGAGUGUUGCCAAUCCGAAACUACCACAAUCUGUUCUAUCUACCAAUGCAAACAGCACAAAAAGUUCACCAUCGCCAACGAUGAAAAAAGAGUCGAAUAAUAACACAAAAGUCGCAUCGAACGGAAAUAGUUCGAAAUCAUCGCCGGUUGUUAAUAAAAGGCCACCCAUGCAGAGUUCACCAAUAAAACGCAAAACUCGUAUUUUAUCUGAUAGUGACGAAUCAGACAAUGACAAUCAAUCAUUGGCGAAGAAAGCAGCAACAUUAAUAUCAACAACAACAACAACAGCGUCAAACGGCCCGUCGAUGACCAACAGUGAACCAAAACCUGCAUCAACACCCACUAAAACCGACACACCUCAAACAUCUAUUGUGAAAAAAGAACCAACAUCUACAACAGCAAGUCCAGCUGUUAAAAAAGAAGCGACAACUCCUGCGAUCAAAAAGGAAUCGACGACACCCGUUGUUAAGAAGGAAACAACUAUUGUCAUUAAAAAAGAGCCAAAAACCGAACCAUUGCCGCCGAAACGUAAAAGUACAACUAACGAUUCCGAUGAUGACGAUGCCCCAUUGUCGAAAAAGGCCAAAAAUCAUAUAGCAAAAAAAGCGAUUACUUCUACAACACCGACUGCUGUCAAAAAUGAAAAACCAUCUACGUCUAAAUCUCCGUCAUCCGCGUCCACAAAGAAGUCAACAGCGACUGUUAAGCAAGAAAAAGUCACACCGAAAAAAGAAUCGAAGCCGAUUGUCAAUUCUUCACCGACGAAAGGAGCAACUACUGGAAAACGAACUAAAAAAGAAGAAGAAGAUGUUUGGCGAUGGUGGGAAGAUGAACAAUACACCGAUGGUCGCAAGUGGACAACUCUCGAACACAAAGGACCAUUAUUUCCUCCUCCGUAUGAACCUUUGCCAUCUCGUGUGAAGUUUUUCUACAAUGGUUCCGAGGUUAAAUUGAAACCAGCAGCCGAAGAAAUAAUGACAUUCUAUGCUCGCAUGCUCGAUCACGAUUAUACUUCGAAAGCGAUUUUUAAUGAAAAUUUCAUGAAUGACUGGCGGGAAUCAAUGACGUCGGCAGAACGUGAAGUUAUUAAAGAUAUCCGUAAAUGCGACUUUACCCAAGUAGCAAAUUAUUUUAAAGAACAAAGUGAAUUACGCAAAAACAUGAGCAAAGAAGAAAAGAAACAAAUCAAAGAAGAAAAUGAACGGAUUCGGAAAGAAUACGGCUUUUGUCUAUGGGACGGACAUCGACAACCUGUAGGAAAUUACAAAAUCGAACCUCCUGGUCUCUUUCGCGGUCGCGGUGAACAUCCAAAAAUGGGAUGUUUGAAAAAACGUAUUCGACCAGAAGACGUUAUUAUCAAUAUUGGUCGAACAGCAACAACACCAAAACCACCGGAAGGACACAAAUGGAAAGAAGUUCGACAUGAUAACAAAGUCACUUGGCUUGUUAUGUGGACAGAGAACAUUCGAGGAAAUCAUAAGUAUAUUAUGUUAAGUGCAUCAUCUCGUGUUAAGGGCGAACGGGAUUGGCAAAAGUACGAGAAAGCACGAAAACUUCAUCGAAUCAUUGAUAAAAUACGUGAAAAUUAUCAAAUGGAUUGGAAAAGUAAAGAGAUGAAAAUACGUCAACGUGCUGUUGCACUUUACUUUAUCGACAAGCUCGCACUUCGUGCUGGUAACGAAAAAGAUGAAGACGAAGCAGAUACCGUCGGUUGCUGCUCAUUACGUGUCGAACACAUCCGAUUACAUGAUCGUGAUGAAAGACUUGGCGACAACGUUGUCGAAUUCGACUUUCUUGGCAAAGAUAGUAUAAGAUACAAUAAUAGAGUUGCUGUUGAGCCACGUGUAUAUAAAAACUUGAAACUAUUCAUCGAAAACAAAGAAGGCGAAGAUGAAUUAUUCGAUCGUCUUACAACGGCAAGUUUAAAUCAAUAUCUAAGUGAAUUAAUGGAUGGUCUUACGGCAAAAGUAUUCCGAACAUACAAUGCGUCGAAAACUCUUCAAGAACAACUUGAUCUUCUUACAGAUCGCAAAGCUAAUGUCGCCGAAAAAGUCCUCGCUUACAAUCGUGCUAAUCGGCAAGUUGCAUUGUUGUGUAAUCACCAACGUUCCAUACCGAAAACAUUCGAGAAAAGCAUGGGUGCUUUAAAGACAAAGAUCGAUGCAAAGAAAAGCGAAGUUAAUGAACUGAAAGGAGAGUUAAAACGAGCGAAAGCUGAACAUAAAAAUUCGAAAAGCCAAGCAUCGCAAAAGAAGGUUGAAGCCGCCGAAAAGAAAUUACAACGUGCCGACGAAGCGCUCAAGAAGCUUGAAGUUCAAGAAUUAGAUCGCAGAGAAAACGCAGAAAUCGCAUUGGGCACGUCCAAAUUAAACUAUCUCGAUCCGCGAAUCAGUGUUGCAUGGUGUAAGAAAUGGAAUGUUCCGAUCGAGAAAGUCUAUUCCAAAACUCAACGUGAUAAAUUUCGUUGGGCGAUUGAUAUGGCAACUGCCGACUAUCAUUUUCAUAAUUACAAAGGUGAAAUUGUUUUGCGUAACAUCGAUGAGAGUAACAAUAAUGGUGAAGGUGAUGAUGAAGACGAUGUUGAUGAUGAUGAACAAAAUUCAGAAGAUACGUAA